AUGCCUUCUACGUUCCGAGCUUCGCGCUCAGGGCGGCAUCUCGACGGCCCCAACCGCACCCGAAACGGCCAAAUCGACCACGAUGUCUUUGAAGGAUUGCCAGUACGACGCUGGUCGAAACAACCGCACACCUUCUCCCAAGCUCCUAAGCUCGAAGAUUCGGAUUUUGGCGUCCAGGGCCCAGGCGGAGGACCAACUCUACCAGAGCUCCCCAUGCCAAGAGACAGCCAGCUCUUACCCCCAAUCAGUCGCGCCCUUCUUCGAGCAGCCCGUGCUGGAUGUGUCCAUAUUCGUCAAAGUAGUCGCGCGACCGAUGAGGAAGAGAAGAGCGUGGCUGACGCAGAGGACCCGAAUUCAGCCAAUGCCCAUGCCGCCGAUCGAAGCUUCACAACUCGCAAGUGGCUGACGCUUCCUAAGCACUUGGAGCCUGCGGAGGUCGAGUUUUUGGCGAAGAGACGGCCUGGUCUUCCUUCCUUGUAUGGCGCUGCUGCUGGUGAUGCUGGAGCGCCGAUGCGCAGGACAAAAUUCAAGAAGACAGACCCUGAGACUGGUAAUAUCUCGAUAUACGAGGCUUGGGUACCUGAGGGUCAUCGUAUUGAAGGAGAGAUUACCGGCGACGUACAGGCGAUUGCCGCGCAGAGCGAGGUGCCUGUGAAGCCAGAGGCGCCUGCGCCUGGAACUGUCGUUGAGGGUGUCGGGAUUGUCAAUGCCGAGGGCGUUGUUGUUGCAGAGGCUGGCUCAGCGGCUGUGAUGACACCACCAAAGCGACGGCCCCCUCCCCCUAAGCGCAAGGGCAAGGGCAUUGGAAAGGGUCGGAAGAAGAAGGUCAUGUUCGCACCAGGCGAGGGAGCUGAUGCCGCCACAGUACAUGGUAUGGGUGACGGUGCUGGUGAUGGUCAAGGAGGAAGCCAGGAUGAUUCACGAAUGUCGAUGGAUCCGAAUGGUCAAGAUGAUGACGAUGAGGAUGGCGAUGAGAGUGACGAAGGUGAUGAGGGAGAUGAGUCCAUGGUGGAUGUGAAGACUCCUGAGACCCCUCAGCCUACGUCUGGUACGGAGUCUGCUGAUCAACCUUCAAUUGAAACCCCCGCUGAGCAGUCAGUUGAUGUCGAUAUGGCAGACACUGGUCCCGACAACCAACAAGCUGCCCAAGAGCCAUCUUUAUCAGUUGGCGCUGAGACACCUUCGCAACUGCAGACCACCGAAGCUUCUCAGCCUGAAAAGGCACCUGAGACAGACAAUAGUGCUAUGGAUUCCAGCGUGCCUCCAAAGACUGAGAUCACUGAUUCGGAUGAGAAGCCUGCCGCACCGGAACAUGAUGAUGCCAAUCUCCCUUCUACUGAACCUGCAGCAGCCUCAAAUGCAGCUGCUGAGCCAUCAGUUGCCGUUCCCGAGACUGAAGCCUCAAGGCCCACCAAAUCUGAGGCCACAGAAGUGACGGCUGAUAUUGCACCAAAGCAAGAGGAGCCCGAUGUCAGAAGUCAACCAGAUAUUGAAAACGCCGCACCAUCUGAUAGUCCCGAUAAACCCUCAGAACCCGUGCAACCUUCACUCUCGACCGAGGCUCCAGUCGAGGCUGAAGAAUCUCAACCCGCCUCAAAUGAGGCCACCUCCCAACUCGACACCGAACCCCUUUCAGCGGCCCUUGAAAAUGACCAAAACAACCAAUCCGAAAACCUCCAACCCGACGCGGACCCAGCUGAAACAAAAGACGUGGAAAUGAGCGAAGCUCCAGCAGCGCAUGAGCAGAACCCACUACUUGAAGAAAUCCAGUCUCCCUCGAAGCCCGAAUCGCCUCUAUCAGAACCACCAGCCGAUGAUCCUCAGCCUCCUUCAUUCGAAGUUGAUUCUACCGUGAUAGAUCUCGCUCCGGCAGAGGAACCAACACCUGCUGCCGAGGAUAAGACAGAAGAUAAGACUGAAGAUAAGACAGAACAAGCGGAUCAGCCAGCAACUGAGCCAAAUGUUUCGGGUGCGACAGCUGCUGCAGAACUCGAUCAGACAGAUGAUCAACCCGAUGAAGUGAAGGGCGAAGUUGAGCAGCCCUCAGAUUCAGUCCCUGAGGGUGCCCCGGCCGAGUCUACAUAG